AUGUUACCGAGAGUGGUCCAGGAACUUAUCCAGGCGUCGAGGAAGACAGCCAGGGAGUUCAGGAAGGCCCUAGACGAUGUGGCGGAGCUGCUCAACGAGAGACAGUUGGAACAGGCGUUGCGAGAGAGGGGUCAACCGGUUAAAGUACCAGUGAGGUCAAGAGGCAACGAUAGUAGACACCCACUGCAGAGAAGACAUUUCUCCACUUCUAGGAACGCCAAGUUCAACGCCAGCAAUAUUUCUUUGAACUUCAAGAGUAUCAGAGAUGUUAGACUCAAACAGAAUAAUAUUCGGACCAGAAUAUCGGUCACAAACACCCUAAGGGCAGCCACUUACCAAGCCCAGCCAUUCAGAAGUCCGAUUCGGGGUUGCCUUUUCACUAGAGGCCCAGGAUCUUCUCUGUACAACCAUUUCCCUAGACACAAUGCCAGAAUGUAUUCUACCUUUGGUCCAAAUAUGACUCAUCAAGUUAUUGAAAACUUAUCUCAGAGUAUUAGGAUGCUUUUCAUCAAGGGUGGAGAGACUGCGCAAAAUAUGAUGACCAAAGAGUCUAGCUUCAAAGUCCUUAAUAAUGAUACGUUUGCAGAGAAGGAUAUCGAAUUGGCAGGGAAAGUAUCGGAUUUCUCUGGCUUGAGAGAAAAUGGCUGUAUUGUUACCUUUGACUUGAUAACUCCAUCGAUACAGUACAUUCCAGAUUCAGGCUUCUUUGACAAUGAUUCAUCAGAGAAGUUCCAUUCUAUCUUUGAGUCUUCAAUGAAACACCAAGAAAAAGUUCUAAAUGACGUUCAAUUAUUCCGUAAUAACAUUGGAUCGACAAGUUUCAAAUUCGAGAGAAAGAACGACAGAAACCGAUUGAAGUUUUACGUUCCCAGUUGUGAUCUAAUGAAGAUGGAAUAUCUAUUACAAGAAGCUGGAAUUCAAACAGCGGUGGUCUUGGUUAAUAGAGAAUCUCCAACUUCUUCCUUUGACAAUAUAUCCAAUUAUUCAGGCCCCGAACUUGUAUCAGACUCAGAUAACGAUUCCGUUUUAUCGACUGAUGAUGACUUAUCAGAUUACUUUGCAUCUAAUUCAGAUGAGAGGGUGUCUGUUUUGUCUUCAUCUAAUGACUAUUACGAUACACUACCUUCUUCAAUGGUAGUUGUAUAA